CAUGAUCCACCCACCUUGGCCUCCCAAGUGCUGGAAUUACAGGCGUGAGCCACCGCGCCCGGCCCCAAGGGAAUCCUGUACUCUUUAAGGAAACUAAUAAAGAUUAAAAUUAGUGGCAUGGAAUUUAAGAACUCUGAUUUACUUUCAAACUAUUAAGAAUCCCUCUAGACUAAGCUACAGUGGGAAUCCCAUCAGUAAAUAGUUGGGUUCAUAAAUGUACUUCCAGAAUCCUGUUGCUCAGCAGAGACUGGGUUACAUAAACUAUUCAGUUAGAAUUGUAGUGGUUGACAAGUUGGAAAUGAUUUGAGUGUUCAUAUUCUUCCUUGUGUUUCAGACCCUUCAGGUUAGCAAAUUUAGGCUUAGAGUGGGCUGUACUUUGGAAAUAUAGUUUUCCUGGCUUCCAGUCCAUUGUUUUAGCAGCUAACUAUGUGAAGUAGCAUUCGUUUUUGUGAUUUUAAAAGUGCAAAAUGAUAAAAAUCUAUAUUUCCUCUGCCUCUUUGAGGCAGUAUUAAGAAGAUGAAAAAGCCCAGGUGAAAUCAGACUUGAGUUCUGAGCCUCAAAUUACUCAUCUAUAGAAUGGAGAUGAUAAUACCAAUUCAGAAGGUGAUGAAAAUGAAGUGAAAUGAUGUUGAGGCCACAUCUGUUUUUAUGCCUAGAAUAUAGUGAGUGCUAAUAUGUUUUCAACCUUUCAAUGGUCAGAGGGCAUUGACAAAAACAAUAAAAAUGUGAAUUGUAUUAUGGGACAGACUAUUUAAGGAAGGGCUGUAUCAACUUACAAAUUUGUUAUUAAUUUGCCAGAAGGACAACCAUGAAACCCUAUACAUUUUGUACUUCAAAGAUAAUGUAAAUGUAAAUAACUAAAAUGAGAUCAAAUUUAUCCCACAACAAAAAUUACAUAACAUGCCCAAAGGUCAGUACUGUCAGCUCAGAAUUCCAAAUCAUUCGUUGUUAUAGCAUAAGAAUGUCUCUUGCUUUCAAAGAAACCCACUGUUAACACCAUAGAAUUUCCUGAAGGCAAAAACAAACCCUUAGUUUAUAUUGUGUAGGUGGAAAAAUGGCUUGUAUCCAGAAUAUUAAAAGCUCUUAGAACUCAAGAACAGAAAGACACCCCAUUCUAAAACUUGGCAAAGAGUCUGAAUAGACCUUUUUCAAAAUAACAUAAACAAAUGACCAAUAAGCACCCCAAAAGAUGCUUAUCAUCACUAUCUUUAAGAAAUGCAAAUCAAAACCACAGUGAGAUGCCACUUCAUACCUACCAGGAUGGCUGAAAUAAAGACAGAGAAUAGUUGGUGAAGACUGGAGAAAUUGGAACCCCUGUACAUUCCUAGUGGAAAUGUAAAAUGGUAUAACCAUUUUGGAAAAUAGCCUGGUAGUUCCUCAACAGGUUACAAAGUUAGCAUAUGACCCAGCAGUUGCAUUUCUAGGUAUAUACUGAAGACAAUUGAAAAUCAUAUGUUCACAUAAAAGUUUAUACAGAUGUUUAUAGCAGCCAAAAGACUGGAAACAACCCAAAUGUCCACCUACUAAUGAAUGGAUAAACAAAAUGUACAAUGGAAUAUACAAUAAUAUACAAUGAAAUAUUAGCAAUAAAAAGGAAUGAAAUACUGAUACGUUCUGCAACAUGAAUGAACCUUGAAAACAUUGCUGAAUAAACUGGGCACUGUGGCUCAUGCCUCUAAUCCCAACAAUUUGAGAGGCCAAGGUGGGAGGAUCACUUGAAGCCAGGAGUUCAAGACCAGCCUGGGCACCAUAGCAAGGCCCCAUCUCUACAAAAAAAAUUUUUUUUGGCUGGGCGCGGUGGCUCAAGCCUGUAAUUCCAGCACUUUGGGAGGCCGAGGCAGGUGGAUCACGAGGUCAAGAGAUCAAGACCAUCCUGGUCAACAUGGUGAAACCCCGUCUCUACUAAAAAUACAAAAAAAUUAGCUGGGCAUGGUGGUGUGUGCCUGUAAUCCCAGCUACUCAGGAGGCUGAGGCAGGAGAAUUGCCUGAACCCAGGAGGCAGAGGUUGCGGUGAGCCGAGAUCGCGCCAUUGCACUCCAGCCUGGGUAACAAGAGCGAAACUCUGUCUCAAAAAAAAAAAAAUUUUUUUUUUAAUUAGCUGAGUGUGGCGCUGCCUGCCUUUGGUCCUAGAUAGUCAGGAGGCUUAGGCAGGAGAAUCACUUAAGCCCAGGAGUUUGAGGAUGCAGUGAACAGUGAACCCCCACUGCACUAUAGCCUGGGUAGAAGAGCAAGACCCUGCCUGUGAAUGAGUGAAUGAAUCCGUUUUUUUGCUUUUUUUUACUUCAAAACCACAAUCAGAAGAAAUUUUCUAUGAAAUUUCCAAUGUGAGCAAAUCUAUAGAGAAAGAGCUGGAACAGCCCAAAUGGGGAGUGACUGCCAAUGGGAUAGGAGUUUUUUUGGGGGGGUGAUAAAAAUGUUCUAAAAUUCUGUAAUGCUCCACAAUUCUUUGAAAACAUUAAAAGCCAUUGAAUUGUACACUUAAAAUUCAGUGGGUGAAUUACAUGGUAUGUGAAUUACUGAAUACCUUACUAAAAACUUUUAAAAAGAAAGUGAGCUGGGUACAGUGGCUCACGCCCGUAAUCCCAACACUUUGGGAGGCCGAGGUGAGUAGAUCACCUGAGGUCAAUAGUUCGAGAUCAGCCUGGCCAACAUGGUGAAACCUCUUCUCUACCAAGAAUACAAAAAUUAGCUGAGUGUGGUGGCAUAUUCCUGUAGUCCCAGCUACUCGGGAGGCUGAGGCAGGAGAAUCGCUUGAACUCAGGAGGCAGAGGUGACAGAGCGAGACUCUGUCUCAAAAAAAAAAGAAAAGUAGAGUAAGUAAGCCCUUGCAUCUAUUUAAAUGAUUUGCGAGAAGGGUGAUAAGACCAUUCAAAGUGGAAAGGAUAACUUUUCAACAAAUAAUUUUUAGGAAAAUUGGAUAUCCACAUGCAAAAAACCGAAAUUGGACCCUUACCUUACAAGUUGCACCAUAUAUAAAAUUAAAAUAGACUAGGCGACGCGCCGGUAAGCAACAGCCUCGGCCAGCGCUGGAUCAAGCGGGCUACCAUGGGGAAAAUCGCGCUGCAGCUCAAAGCCAUGCUAGAGAACAUCACCAAUGUCCGGCCUGUGGGCGAGGACUUCCGGUGGUGUUUGAAGAUGAAAUGUGGCAACUGUGGUGAGAUUUCAGACAAGUGGCAGUACAUCCGGCUGAUGGAUAGUGUGGCACUAAAGGGGGGCCGUGGCAGUGCUUCCAUGGUCCAGAAGUGGAAGUUGUGUGCAAGAGAAAAUUCCAUUGAGAUUUUAAGCAGCACCAUCAAGCCUUACGAUGCUGAAGACAAUGAGAACUUCAAGACAAUAGUGGAGUUUGAGUGCCUAGGCCUUGAACCAGUUGAUUUCCAGCCUCAGGCUGGGUUUGCUGCUGAAGGUGUGGAGUCAGGGACAGUCUUCAGUGACAUUAAUUUGCAGGAGGAUUGAACUGACUAUGAUGAAAAGGCCCAGGAGUCUGUGGGAAUCUACGAGGUCACCCACCAGUUCGUGAAGUGCUGAUCCCUCUUCCUGCACACUUGAACUGAGAAAGGACAAAGUACUGUAAGCAGCAGAUCCCACAGGGGCUGGUUCCUUUGUCCCUUGUCUCCUGGCGGCUGUACCAAACGUUCACAAUCUGCUGGUUGGACUUUAUUGCAGCUUCCCAAGCCCCAUCAAUAAAGCCCCUGUUUGUGCUACA